UAAAAUUUUAAUUUUUUUUCAUUUUUGAUUGACAAUUUGUCAAUUCAAAACAACAAAAAAUUCUACACUGUUUUUCACAGCUGUUAUAUGAUAAAUUUCGGGUUUUCAAUCUAACCAUUCUGAUCUAUCUUGAAAUUAAUUUAAAAUUUUUUGACUUCUGUUGAUUUAUUUUAUUCGAAAACGAUGGCAUCAUUAAUCAAAAAUCAAAUUCUUAAACAUUUAUCCAAAUUUACAAAAAAUCUAUCACCAGAUAAAUUACAAUUAAGUGCAAUAAAAGGUUCAUGUGAAGUAACCAAUAUUGAAUUGGAUGAAAAUAUUUUAAUGCAAUUAUUAGAAUUACCUGUUUGGAUGUCAUUAACACGUGCCUAUUGUAAUUAUGCAUCGAUAAAGAUACAAUGGAUGAAAUUGAAAACUAUACCAAUAUUUAUAUUACUUGAUGAAGUAAUUAUCGAUGUUUGUACAUGUGAUGAUUAUCGUAAUGAUAAUAAUACUGAUGGUAAUAAUGGAUCAACAAGAUUUUCAUCAUUAAAUCAAGAUAUGGGUAGCUAUGGUUUUACACAAAAAGUUAUCGAUGGUAUUACAUUAUCGAUAAAUUCCGUUUUAAUACAAUUAACAUCGAAAAUUUUUAGUGCUUCGUUUGAGCUUACACGAAUCCAGAUUGAAAGUCGAAAUUGUUUAUGGAAAAAAGUUAAUGAUUUAUCUAAAACACGUAUACGUGAUCAACAACGUGGAAAAGUAUUGAUAUUCAAACAUAUUGAAUGGCAAACAUUACGUUUUGUUGCACAAUCUGAAUCCAAACAGGCUAUCGGACAGGCACCAUUACGUUUGAUUGCAAACCAGGCAUCAUGUAGAAUAUCAUUGAAAAAACGAUUGUCAGAUUGUUCGGUUGAAGCAGCCCGAAUAAUGUUAAUAUUUGAUGAUCUUUUAUGGGUUUUAACUGAUUCACAAUUACUUUCGGCAUUACAUUUUGCCGAUUAUCUUGGCGAUCUGAUUAAACGUGCACCAAGAACAAAAAAAUUUGAUAAUUCACCAACUGCGGCAAACGAAAUACCAAAUGGAACAUCAACAUCGACAUCGAUGAUGGGAAUGAAUAAAAAUAAAAUGAUGGAUUGGAUGACCAAUUCGAAUAAUUUGAAUAAUGUUGGUCAAAAAUCAAUGGCUAUGAAUCUAUCAAAUUCAAUUAGUUUAUUAUUUAAUCAAUAUGAUUUGCAUGAAACAUCACAUCAUAUUAUUAUUCGUCGAAUUGAAGUACAUUUAAUGGAUGAUCUUGGUCCACAAAGUGAACGUUCACAAUGUCCCGAAUUAAAAGAUGGUGGUGCAUUACAAAUGUCAUUUCAUCGUUUAUUUAUUGAUCUUUAUCCAUAUCAUCGAUGUUUUCAACAAAAAUCAUCAUCAACGACAACGACAUUGACUGAUGAUCGUUCACAUUGGUUUCGUUAUUCGGAUCCAUCACCACAACGUUCAGCAUUUAUAACACAUAAAUUGAAUGCAUUUUUUCGUCGUCAACAAUCGGCAUUUAAACGUGAAGGUUCACGUUUUGAUAUUGAAUCACUUAAACAACAUUUAAUUUCACAAGUUCUUAUCAUUCGACUUAGUGAUUAUUCAAUUGGUCAUGUAUCGACAAAUUCGACUGCAUCAUCAUCCGCCGCUGCUUCAAGAAAUAAUCCAACCGCAUCAGAUCCAUCAAAAUUAAUUUACUUUGAUAAUUCAUCACCAUUACCUGGGAAUAUACCGGCAAUCUAUCUGGAAAUGAAUAAUUAUUUUUUCUGUGAACCAUUUGAUCGGCUGAAUUUUUCAUUACCCGAAAGGAAUAUUUUUGUUUUGAUUGCACCGGUUCGUGUUUGUUUUGAUCCAUUAACAAUAUUAUGGAUAAAUUCAUUUUUUGCCAAUCUACAUAAUGCAUUAAUCAAACUACAGCAAGCAUUUCCUGUUGACAAGAAUCAAAAUUCUGAUCGACCAAAUAUUCGUUUAGAAUGUUUAAUGCCAACAAUCAGUAUACGAUUAUCGAAUGCUGAUCAAUUAAAUAUCGGUGGUUAUAAUUGUUUGGAAUUGAAAAUAUCAAAAAUUAUCUUAUAUAAUUGUGAUUCAUUUAUUAGCCGAGAAUAUUUUCGUAAAUUAGAUGAUCUUAUGAAACAAUUUACUGGUAAUAUUGAUUUUUAUUAUGAACAUUUAAAUUAUCCAUGGCUUGGUUGUGAUCUUCAAUCAAUAUCAUCCGGAUUUCGUGAAAAAAUUGACCGGUUAUUUUUAUCUAAUAAUGAUAAUAAUGGAAUGAAUUUGGAUUUGGAUUUUUUUGUCAUCAAUAUUGAACCAAUUUGGAUUGAUAUAAAAUCCACCCGUAUGGAUGAAUGUAAAACUUUAUUGGAUCCGGUGAAUAUUUCGCUGUGGAUUGAUUUGGCUGAUCAAGAUGAUAAUCAGCUAAAUCUAAAUGGCAAUAAAGCAAACAACAAUAAUUUAGAUGUAAAUAUUUUGGCUAAAAUUGCUGAACCAAUUUGUUUACAACUAACACAUGAUCAAUUUAUGUUUCUUAUACGUUUGAUUGAAAUGUUUGGUGAAUUUACAUCCACUUUAAAUUAUGAUACAUAUAUGAUACAAAGAUUACAACAGCAAAAAACAUUGAUUGGUGAAAAUUAUAAUAUUGAUGGGCAGCAACCAAGACAAGAACAGCAUCAACCGUAUACAACAUUUGAUAUGGAAGAGAAAAUUAUCCGGACAAUAUUUAAAAAUACAUCGAUUGUAACACAUUUACCUGAAGUGAAUAUAUUUCUUUUAUUGAAACAAACGGAUGAAGAAAUUUUUGAUGAUGGUGAGGAUAAUGGUGAAAUAAUCGAUAAUAAUCAUCCGGCAUCAUUAAUUGAUUGUCAACAACAGUCAAAUGAUCAACAAAAUGAAAUUGAAAAUAAUGAGAUUAAUAAAUCGAAUGACAAUUUGGAAACUAAUCAACCAAUCGAAUCGAAUGAUAAUCAUGAAACAUCAUUCAUAAUGAUGCCUAAAUCAUCAUCAUCUGAUUUAAAUGGUAGUUCAAUAAUCAAAUCAUCAUCAUCAUCAUCAACAAUAAUGGAUUCAACAAAAUUUACCAAUUUUCCGAAUCUACCAAAAAAGAAUAGCUUUCCAUCAUUUAUUGAUAGUUCAAAUAUUCGUAUACAUUAUGCUAUAGCCGAUAAUGAUGAUACAUUAUCAACAAUAAGUGAUUAUUCUGCUGAUGAUAGUGAUCAACAAUCAAUGAUUGCAAUGAUUAAUGCUAAUGGUAGUAUUUGUGGUGAUGGUAGUGAUGUUGAUUUAUUGGAUGAUAUUCUUAAUGAAUCAGCACCUGUUGAAGAAGCUGUUGAUAUACUUGAAAAUCUUAAUGAUUUUACUAUCGAUAAUAAUAAUGAUGAUAAUGAUGAAUCGACUAAUCAAACCAGUACAAUGAAUGAUAAUUCAUCACCAUCAACAUCUUUGAAUCAUCAAAUGAAGAAAAAAUGUUUGAAAAAUAAAAAACAUCAAACUAUAAUUGAUGCAUUACAAAUCCGUAUGAAAAAUAUUAAUCUAAUACAACAAUCAUCAAAAGGUUUUCUAUCACAAGUUUUUAUUGAUUGUCAAUUGGAUGAAUUGAAUGAAUUACGAUCAAUAACUAAAGAUGAUUAUUUGAAUCGAUAUAAAAAUCGAACCAAAUCAACAAAUGUUACCAUUAACAAUGGUAAUGGUAAUGAUAAUGAUGAUCAACAUCAAACAAAAAACAAUCAGAUUACCAUACGUAUUGAUUCAUAUAGUAAAGGAUUAUCGAUAAAAGAUGAAUUAAUCAGUGUUUAUGUUAAAGAUUUAUCCGAAUCAUUGAAUAAAGAAACAAUCGAUUUAAUUGUUGAUUUUUUUAAUGAUAAUAUUACGGAAAAUGUUGCACCAUUAUCAAUAUUAAUGGAAAAUGUUCAAUUUUGUAUUGUUGAUCAUUCAGUACGUGUACCACCAAUAUUAUUCACUAUACCACAAAUGUCAAUCAAUCGUAAUCGUGAAAAUAAAUGGAUUGUUGAAACAUUGAAAAUGUCUAAAGAUAUUCCAUCGACAAAUCGAUUAUUAUUACAACAUCGAAAAAUAUUUGAAAGAAAUUUGAUUGUCGAUAUUGUUGAAUUGGUACGUGAACAAGAUCGGCUAUUAUCGCCAUUACCAUCAUCGAAAUUACCUGAUAAUAACGACGAUGAUACACAAGAAAUAAUGAAACAAAUUUUAAAUCAAAAAGAAUUACUAUUAGCCGAAAUUGAAUUAUUAAGAAAAGAAAAUGAACAAUUGAAGAAAAUUGCUGAUAAUAAUAACCAUCAUCAGCACCAACAACAGGUGAAUAGAGUCACAGCACAAACCAAAAAAAAUUAGAUAGAAAACAACAAUGAUCAAUAGAUCCUGUGAUAUUUAUAU